GCCAGGAAUGUCCAUUAACGAUUUGAUUUACUUAUGAAUAAUUAUCUUCUCCAACUUUGACCUUUUGGUGACGAUGCUGAGCGUAGCUUUAGAGUUCGACAAGAAAGAAUUUGACAGUGAGGAGACUUGUUGGUAAACACAGCGGCUGUCACUAAUCAGUCCCACAGACAACAAAAACCAUGUCGGCGCAUCACCCCUUCGACCCGCUUUCAGCUGCUGAAAUCGAAACCGCAAUCAGCAUCGUGAAGAAGGCGCACGGCGAUGUCUUUUUCAACGUUGUAUCACUGCGCGAGCCGCGCAAAGCCGAGAUGACGGCAUGGCUUGCAAACCCUACAAAAGUUGCCAAACCGGUUCGUGUGGCAGAUGUGGUCGUUAUUGCGCCAGGCGGCAAGGUCUUCGACGGAUUGGUCGACCUAUCCACCGGUUCCAUCGUCAGCUGGGAGCUCCUUGAUGGGUUACAACCAAUUAUCACGAUGGAGGAGCUCACAGCCGUCGAGCACAUAUGCCGCACCGACCCAAAGGUUAUUGAGCAGUGCAUGCUUAGUGGCAUUCCAAAAGACGAUAUGCACAAGGUCUACUGCGAUCCCUGGACUAUUGGUUACGAUGAGCGCUACGGCAACAAGGUCCGGCUGCAGCAGGCGCUCAUGUACUAUCGCCCGGAUAUCGAUGAUUGUCAGUACCAGUAUCCAUUGGACUUUUGUCCCAUUUACGACGCGGCAAAAGAGGAGAUUGUUGCCAUUGAUAUACCCAAAGUGCGACGCCCAUUAAGCACCGUCGCGCCGGUCAACUACCACCCUGCUGCGGUCAGUAAGACGGGCGGAUAUCGAAACAAUCUCAAGCCAAUCAACAUCACCCAGCCAGAGGGCGUAUCCUUCAAGCUUGAUGGCCGCCAUAUCGAGUGGCAAAACUGGAAGUUCCAUAUUGGCUUCAACUACCGUGAAGGCAUCGUCUUGAACGACAUUACCUUUAACGACAAGGGAAACGUCAGACCUGUAUUCUACAGACUUUCUCUUUCCGAGAUGGUUGUUCCCUAUGGCUGCCCGGAGCGCCCUCACCAGAGGAAGCAUGCAUUCGACCUAGGAGAAUACGGUGCUGGUUACAUGACAAAUAGCCUCGCCCUGGGAUGUGAUUGCAAGGGUUCUAUCCACUAUCUGGAUGCUGACUUUCCGACCCGGAACGGCGAGAUCCGCAAGAUCAAAAACGCCAUUUGCAUCCACGAGGAGGACGCGGGCAUCCUCUUCAAGCACACUGAUUUCCGCGAUGAUUCAACCAUUGUGACCCGGGCCAGGAAAUUAAUCAUCCAGCAGGUGUUUACUGCCGCGAAUUACGAGUAUGCUGUACAGUGGAUCUUUCAUCAAGAUGGCUCGAUCCAGCCCGAGAUCAAGCUCACCGGCAUCCUCAACACAUAUUCUAUGAACCCCGGCGAGGACACACAGGGUUGGGGCACCCAGGUUUAUCCCGGGGUAAAUGCCCACAACCACCAACACCUAUUCUGCCUUCGCAUCGAUGCCAAUGUCGACGGACCCAACAACACCGUCUUCAUGUCGGACGCAGUCCCCGCGGAAGCCCCCGUGGGUAGUGCUGAGAACUUCUACGGCAACGGCUUCUACGCCAAGCGCACAAAGCUUCGGACGACGGGCGAGUCGAGGACGGAUUACAAUGGCGCCACGAGCCGGACCUGGGAGAUUUGCAACACCAACCGUCCCCACCCGUACAGCGGCAAGCCUGCCUCUUAUAAGCUCAUCAGCCGAGAGGUGCCUGGCCUGUUGCCCAAGGAGGGAUCUCUGGUUUGGAAAAGAGCAGGGUUCGCAAGACAUGCUGUAUGCGUGACAAAAUACGCCGACGACCAACUCUGGGCAGCCGGUCGCCACGUGCCUCAGACAUCGGGUGAGCCGUCACUUGGGCUCACCGAGUGGGCGGGUGACGGCAGCCAGUCGGUCGAAAACACGGAUGUGGUGCUGUGGCACACGUUCGGCGUCGUGCAUUUCCCAGCCCCCGAGGAUUUUCCAGUCAUGCCCGUCGAGCCCAUCACGCUGCUGCUCAAGCCUAGAAACUUCUUUCUCAACAAUCCCGUCAUGGAUGUUCCCCCCAGCUUUGCGAGCACACCCAGCCAAGUCAAGGCCAACGGGGAGGGUGUGCUCAACGCUGCCGAUGGUGUAAGCAAGCUUGCAGUUGACUGCUGCCGUCGUACAAGUCAUUUGUAGGUGGGUGGGUAACAAUCAAUCAGCGAUCCAAAGUUGUAAUGAUAUUCGACUCUAUCGAUAGUUGUAACUAGUACCACAGUUCCCAGGUCCACAGCCUAAGCAUCAAUUGAAC